GAGUUCGACUCCAUAAACCAAUUAAAAAUUAUCUUAACUAAUUCUGGUCAACAAUCGUUUAACAUUAAAGAGCCGUUUGUCUUCGAUCUGCCGCCUCUUCAACUACAACCUCUUCAGCUAAGACUCAACCCGUCGUCGUCUUCACUAUUUUUAGUGAAACAAAACGAAACCAUUCCUAUCGAGACCUUUCCCUCGCAAAGCUCACCAAACAAUCAGUUCAGUCAAACGCAGCCAAAGUUUCAAAACAUCCAAAUACCACAAAAUGUUGCCCCUAUUUCUCCACAACCCGUACAACCGAUUUCCACUCCCGUUACGGCCCAACCCUUAGCGCCCAAACAGUUUCAAUUCUUACCCUUAACUUUCCAGCCCUUUCCUUCUCAACAACCUGCGCCCAAAUUCCAGGCUUUCCAGCCUCUGGUACAGCAAUCACCAGCCCCUCAACCAUUACCGCAAUCCCAACCUAAAGCCACUCAAACUUUGCCCCAAAAUGCUGCCCAAUUAGUGCCGCAAAAUGUACAGCCAGUCGUCCCAAAUGACUCCCCCGUAAGCAACGAAAUCCCAAACAUUGAAAGCGUGUUGAGAGACCUCUCGCUGUAUCAAUAUAUCCCGUUUCAAUUGCCCGCAAAUGCCUUCAUAUUUCAACAACCGAUUCAGUUUCAAACAAACCCGACUCAAACAUUUCAAUCGCCAGUGAGUGAUAAAAACACUCACGUAUUACCGCCCGUCACUCUUCCGGCCAUUAAUCUGCCGCCAGAGGAAUCGCCGAUUAAUAUAUUCUUCAGUCAAACCGCAUCUAAUACUCCUACAGUUCCCAGUUUGCCAUCAGCUCCUGUAGUCCCGACUACCAAAGCCAAUCAGGAGGCCCUCAGAGCCAGUAUUAAAAAGUUUAUAACAAAGCCAUCGAUUGAAACUCAAUUAUUUAAUAAACAAUCGCUGCAAACAAUUAAUCAAAAAUUUACCCAAUUUUUGAUCCCAACAUUGGCUGAAGCGACCGAAUCUCCGCUACCUAUCGAUGACAACCAAUCAGUUAAUAAUGAGAAUCAAAUUGGAUUUACAAAUGAGCCGGAAAUCAAUCGCAUACCCAUUACUACUGAUAAAAGUGUUAGCGAAACGAGAGAUACGGUCGAGUUUGGCACUCGACUCAACAAAAUUAUCCCUUCGUUUACAUCUUAUUUCAAUCGUGAUUCUCAA